GUUGACGUUGACGGCAGAAAUAAUGGUUUCCAUAGAUAAAGAAAAUAAUACAAAUUAGGUACAGAAUAAGUAAUAGAAGUAAUUUUUGGUCAUUAUAGAUUUUGUAAUACACAGUUUUAGUUAAUAAAAUAAAGUUUUAUUUACAUUCUACAUUGUAUUGGAUUUAUUAAAAUUAUAUGGUAAACCUAUAUUAAGGUAAAUAUAGUUUAUUUAUUUUUUGUAUUGUAAUUUUUAUAUUUACAGUAAUAUUUUGAUAACAUUUGUUUUUAUUAAUUUAAUUUUAAUGAUUCAUAAUAUUACUAAAAUAAUUGUGUUAAUAUAGUUGCAGCAUAUUUUCUUCGGUUUACUAUUUUGUGCUAUAAUUUUACAAUGUUUAAUAUAAAAAUAUAAUGAACUCUGUAGGAUCUUUUAAAUUUCAUAUUAUCAGUCAAAUUUUCCAGAACUUACUUACCCAUUUUUUUUUAAAACUUUAUAAAAUCAUAUAUUUUAAAAUGUUACAUUGCCAUUGUGGGUGAAUCGGCUACCUACUUCUGUUAACCGUUGACAAGAUAUUCCAUUUUUAAGUUUUAGGUAAAGGUAAAGGGAAAUACUGAAGUAUCAUUUGUGUGGCAGCACAGCAUUUGAAUGGUGUUGCACUACUCUACCUCUACCUAAACUUAAAAGUGGAAUUACUCAUCAACAUAUUUACGGAAAUUAAAAAUACAUGGCAUUUUAAUAUAGGUUCACAAUCAAAAAUAAGGACAAUGUCACAUUUUAAAAUAUAUAAUUACAAACAUUUUAUAAAUAUAUUUAUAUUUAUAUAAUUUAUAUUGUUUUCUUAAAGACUAAACAAGUUUAUUUUAUUAGUUAUUAUUAUUUAUUCAUCUCAAAUAUAGAUAGUGUAUGUGUCUAGUUUAAAUAUGCCUUAUUUGUUUUAUAUAUUAUGUUCUCUAAUUAUUAUCUUCUUUUUUUUAAUUGGCAAAUAAAUAAAAAAUAUAAUAUGGUUUUGUAAACUGACUUUUUGUUAGUAAAAUGUAUGACUAAUACAAAUAUUUUUGUAAACAUUGUUUCAGGUAUAAAUUUGUUUAUACUCGGCAGUUUAUCAUGAAAAUGGUACCAAUGAAUGAUUUUAUUUUAAAUGAGCAUGAAGGUGAAGUACAUGAUGCUGAAUUAGACUACUAUGGCCAACGUUUAGCCACAUGCUCUAGUGACAAAACAAUCAAAAUAUAUAAUAUACAAAAUGGUACUAAAACUUUAUUAGCCGAUAUAAAAGGUCACCUAGGACCCGUUUGGCAAAUUUGUUGGUCCCAUCCUGUAUCUGGACAUUUGUUAGCCUCCUGCUCAUAUGACAAGCGUGUUGUAGUUUGGAAAGAAUCAAAUGAUUGGUUUAAUAUAUUUGAAUUUACUCAUGAAUCAUCUGUUAACUCUGUUGCUUGGGCACCCCAUCAACAUGGCAUUAUUUUGGCAAGUGCUAGCUCGGAUGGGUCAAUUGGAAUACAUGUGUUUAAUAAAGAAUGGUCCUCAGUUACAAUAAAUGCACACAGUAAUGGAUGUAAUUCUAUAGCUUGGGCUCCCUUCAAGGAACAAUUAUUUGGGUCUAAUCAACCAGAAUUUGGUAAAAAGUUAGCAUUGGCAAGUGGUGGUUGUGAUAAAUUAAUUAAAAUAUGGACUAUCCAAAGUGAUCAAUGGGUUCAAAUUGGUGAAAUAAAUUGUCACACCGAUUGGAUUCGAGCUAUUGAUUGGACUUGCACAAUUGGUGAUAAUCGACAAUUAAUUGCAAGUUGUUCUGAAGAUAAAACUGUUGUGGUCUCACAUAGUGAUGAUUAUGCUAAAUGGAAUUCUACUCAAAUGCAAAUAUUCGAUAGUCGUGUCUGGACAGUAAGCUGGUCAAAAAUUGGAAAUGUACUAGCAGUAUCUACUGAAAGGAAUAAAGUAUCAUUGUGGAAAGAAAAUAGAAAUGGGCAGUGGAUGAUUUGCAGUAAAAUUAAUGAUAACAAAGAAGAUAAUUAAGUAAACGUUUAUACUGUUCUCAUUCUAAAAUAGUCUAUAUUUAAAGUACUUUCAGCAAUUAAAAAAAUCAGUUAAACUAUGGUGAAAUAUAUUUUAUUUUAUUGUAUGAACUCAAUGGGAAUACAUCCUAUAAGAUUACAUAGUGGUAUAUUAAUAAAUUAAUGUUUAAUGAAUUACAUAAAUCGUCCAGAAUCCAAAAGAAAACUAUAAAUAUUUUAUACUCAAUUGGUUUCAUGCCAGUUUUAUUACAAUGAAUAAAUUAUUAUUAUUUUAUGUAUGAAAACAAAAACUGUUUAGUUUAAUAUCAAAAUGAACACAUAUUUAUACAAAUUAAAAAUCACAAUAGUUCCUUUUUAAAUAAAACAGAACUUUCUUUACAUUAUUCCAGAGACAUGAAACAGAAAAAAUUGAUAUCGUGUUAUUAGCAAAUUAUUAGUAAAGGUCUAAGGAGAUAUGAAAAAUUAACACUUGUUUGUUUUAAAAGAAGGAAUAAUGAAGGUAACUAAAUUACAUGUAAAUAUACAAAGAAUUCAGAAUAAAAUAAAGGUUUAAUUUAAUUUAACAAUAUAAUGUUUUAGUUAUUAUUAUUGUUAUUUUGUAGUUAUAAAAUUAAAAUGAAAACUAAAAUUUUAUAACCUCCUAAUUUUAUGAAUGUUUUAUUAGACAUUAGUAUGGUCAAAUUAUUAUACUAGAUUCAUUUUAUAGAUAAAUAUAAUAAAAUAAAAACUUAUAAUUUUUAAAAAUCAAUUAUAAGUUCAAGAACUUAUUUUAUUAACUCAUUUCUCUACAGAUUUUCAAUAAUUUGUUUUAUAAUUCUACAUGAUUGUACAAUUACC